AUGUUCGAGAACAUCGACGCCCGUAAAUUCACCAUCGAAGCAGCGCUUUUGGGGACGUGUGAGUGGCUUCUUAGCCACCCCGACUAUCAAGCAUGGCUUCACCCCACGCCAUCAAUGCAAAAUUCUCGCGUUUUGUGGAUCAGCGGUAAGCCAGGUGCGGGCAGGUCGACGAUCAUGAAAUUUGCAUACCGGAAUAUGAAGCGCGGAACCGAGAGUCAGCAUGCAGUUACAGCUUCCUUUUUCUUCAACAAGGAAGGUGGAUACUUGGAAAGGUCAAUCAUGGGGAUGUAUCGGUCGUUGCUGCUUAAACUUCUUGAAGGAUGCCCUGACAUCCAGCUUAUUAUGGAUGAUUCCACCAUGUUGUCACUGAGCUACGAUGGCUGCCCUUCUUUGCAUGUUCUGAAGCACCUCUUUUGCCAAGCAGUCUUUGCUCUUGGCCAGCGGUCAUUCUCCUGCUUUAUUGAUGCUCUCGAUGAGUGUGAUGAACAGGAAGCUGCGGACUUGAUGCAGUACUCCGACAAACUUACCAAGAUAUCCACUGCUGCAGGUAGCCUCUUUCGAGUUUGCGUCUCUGGUGGAGAUGGUCUCUCUAUCUCUCAUCGCUUUAGAGCCCAAAUCAUACUGGAAGACCAACCCGGCCACGUGAAAGACCUAAAAAGCACUAUUACACGCACACUUCAUGCUGGAACAUCUACAUUGGUCGAAGGGCUGCACUUUAAGCUUCUCCUUAAAGCUGCUGGUAACUUCAGAUGGGUGGUUUCAGCUGUCGAAGAUAUGAACACCGAGGUCGCACAGGGUGAAAUAUAUCUGGGAAAAGUACUCAAAAAUGCUGGACUAAUUUAA